GGAUUUGAUGCAGUUUUUUCUUUGGGUUUUUGCUGAGAAAGUUAAAGGGUCAAUUUUUUUUAUCCAAAUCAGCCAUAGCCACUGAAAGCCAUAAAGUCUCUUGUGUGUCAUUUGAACAUUAGGUGCUUCAUUGGGGAUUCUUGAAUUUUGUAAAUGUGAAAAACUGCUUAAAGUUGUGUUCUUUACUAUAACUAGAUUCUGAAUUACACACUUCCUUGCAUUCCAUUUUUGUGAAGAAAAACACAAAAACAUUUAAAGGGUCAGUGAUUCAAUAGUAGUUAAUGUCAUCUGGGAAACAGCUCAUUUCACCUGAGGCAUUUUGCACCAAUUUUGAAAGAAGUAACUUUUUGGGCUGUAGUUGACACUUGUCAUCUGAAUGUAUAUUUUUCAGAAAUCAUGUGCAAGAACUGUUCAUUCUUUCAUUUUUUGUAGCAUUUGAUGAUUUUGGACCAUGAUUGAGUACUUGAGCUUCAGCUUCAGUCAAGUCUUUUGGAUUCAUUAAACCAAAUCUCCAAAAAAAGAAGUCUUUUGCUGCUAAAUUUGGAAUCUUUUUGCAUAGAUUUUUCCUCUCUUGUCAUGUAAACACAAAAUACUUUUCUUAUAAAAGACAAAGAUUACUCCUUUUUCCUUUUUACCUUCAGUUUCUUGAGUAAUUCACUUAGGCUUAUUAGUUGUUUAAAAGGGUCUCAUCAGUUGUCUCUUCUUUACCAGCAUAUAAUGUUAUAGAAUAGUGCCAGUUUCAGUUGUAAAUGGUGGGUCAGACAGCACAAUAAUGCAUAUAAAGUUUUGUUCUUGAAAAUCUUGUUGUUGUGUUAAGCGAACAGGAAUGUCCUGUGGGGUUGAGUUUCUUGAAAGUUCAAAGAAAGUUGUGAAAACUAUUCUGGGGUAAUGAGUAAGGAGGUGAAGAAAGGGAAGCAGGAGGGUAAAAGUAGUUGUGAUGUUGCUGAGAAAGUUAUGGUGGCUGUUAAGGCAUCAAAAGAGAUACCUAAAAAUGCUCUUGUGUGGGCUUUGACUCAUGUUGUUCAACCUGGAGAUUACAUUACACUUCUUGUGGUUGUUCCUUCACAAAGCUCUGGUAGAAAGAUGUGGGGUUUCCCCAUGUUUGCUGGAGAUUGUGCCAAUGGUCCCCGGAAGUCACAUUCCGGAAAUAGUAGUGAGCAAAAGUCAGACUUAACAGAUUCCUACUCUCAGAUGAUCCUUCAGCUCCAAGAUGUUUAUGAUCCCACUAAGAUAAACAUGAAGAUUAAAAUUGUUUCUGGUUCACCGCAUGGAGCUGUGGCUGCUGAGGCAAAGAAGAGUCGAGCUAAUUGGGUUGUUUUGGACAAACAUCUCAAACAUGAGAAGAAAUGUUGUAUGCAAGAGCUGCAUUGCAAUAUCGUAGUAAUGAAACGAUCUCAACCAAAAGUUCUCCGCCUAAAUUUAGUCGGUUCACCUAAAAAGGAACCUGAUGUCUUGGGCUCAUUAUCUUCGGAGAAAGCUCAAUCAUGUGGACCAGAACUAGAAAAGAAUUAUUCAUUGGCUUCUUCUAGAGGUCCAUUAGUAACACCAACAAGUAGUCCAGAGAUUUUCAGUGUUACUGAAGCUGGUACUUCAUCAGUUUCAAGUUCUGAUCCAGGAACUACACCAUUUUUUGUCGCUGAAGUAAAUCGGGAUUUGCAUAAGGCAGAGUUGUUAGCCUUAAAGGAAGAUCAAGAUGUAGAUGAUUCAAGUUCAGAGAGUGAGAGUGAAAAUCUAUCUUGUUCAAGCUCAAGAUUCCAACCGUGGGUGGUGGACAGUGUCAGUUCACAUUGUCAACUCUCUCAACGCCAGCAAAUUAGCUCGAUAAGAUCUUUUGACAGGCCACAAACAUCUACAACCAAUUCAUUACUGGAGAAGUUUACUAAGCUUGAUACAGAAGGUGGCUCUGGAUCCCCGAGCUAUAGAGAUGAUAUGGAUUACAAUCGAAAUAUGAGAGAAGCAGGUCCAUUAACCAGAAGUGCACCUCUUGGCCCUCCUCCCUUGUGUUCAAUAUGUCAACACAAGGCUCCUGUAUUUGGGAAACCUCCCAGGUGGUUCACUUAUACAGAGCUGGAGCUUGCAACAGGAGGAUUUUCACAAGCCAAUUUCUUGGCAGAGGGAGGGUAUGGAUCCGUUCACAGAGGAGUCCUUCCAGACGGUCAAGUUGUUGCUGUCAAGCAACAUAAGUUGGCAAGUUCUCAAGGGGAUCAAGAAUUUUGCUCGGAAGUUGAAGUGCUCAGCUGUGCUCAGCACCGAAAUGUUGUCAUGUUGAUAGGAUUCUGCAUUGAAGACAGGAGAAGAUUGCUAGUAUAUGAAUAUAUAUGCAAUGGUUCUUUAGAUUCUCAUCUAUAUGGACGCAAUAAGGAACCUUUGGAGUGGUCUGCACGUCAAAAGAUAGCUGUUGGAGCUGCACGAGGUUUGCGAUAUCUGCAUGAAGAGUGCAGAGUGGGCUGCAUUGUCCAUCGGGACAUGAGACCAAACAACAUUCUCAUCACUCAUGACUUUGAACCACUAGUCGGAGACUUUGGUUUGGCUAGAUGGCAACCGGAUGGUGAUACAUGCGUUGAAACGAGAGUACUUGGAACAUUUGGGUACUUGGCUCCUGAGUAUACUCAAAGCGGCCAAAUUACUGAGAAAGCUGAUGUUUACUCGUUUGGUGUGGUGCUCGUAGAGCUUGUAACUGGUCGUAAAGCAGUGGAUCUUAACAGGCCUAAAGGCCAACAGUGUCUCACAGAAUGGGCACGUCCAUUGUUGGAAGCAUGUGAAAUCGAUGAGUUAAUAGAUGCCCGGAUAGGAAGCAGCUACAAGGAGCACGAGGUGUAUUGCAUGGUGCAUGCUGCAUCUUUGUGCAUAAGGCAGGAUCCUCAGACUAGGCCUCGAAUGUCUCAGGUACUUCGAAUUCUUGAAGGUGACCUGAUGAUGGAUUCUGGUAAAAUGUCUACAACACCUAGGUAUGAUGUGGGAAGCCAAAGUGGAAGGAUUUCGUCUAAUCACCUCAUGCAGUAUGAAAGGUACAGUGGUUCUAUACGAAAUGACGAAUUGGAGGGUCUAAGUCCAAAGCUCUCAUUUGAUAAAAGGAACCCCUCUAUUAUUUGGGAUAGGGAUAGUCACAGGACUGCAUUUUCAGAUCAUCUGUAAAUUACUUUGUACCUGACUCUUGUGAUCAAAGAUAUAUAUUGCUGCUAUAUCAGAGCAGUUCAAGA